AUGUCGAGAAGAUACGAUUCAAGAACAACUAUAUUCUCACCUGAGGGAAGAUUAUACCAGGUUGAAUAUGCACAAGAAGCUAUUUCAAUGGCAGGCACUGCAUUGGGGAUAGUAUCCAGUGAAGGUGUUGUGUUGGCAUGUGAAAAGAAAGUAACAUCGAAGCUUUUGGAUGACGACGGAAGUGCUGAGAAAUUGUACAUAAUAAAUGAUCAAUUGAUUUGUGCUGUUGCUGGUAUGACCUCUGAUGCCUCGAUUUUGGUCAAUAAUGCCAGGGUUCAAUCGCAACAAUAUUUGAAGACAUACAAUGAGGAGAUUCCUUGUGAAAUCUUGAUCAAGAGAGUGGCAAAUAUCAAACAAGGUUACACACAACACGGUGGGUUGAGGCCUUUCGGUGUUAGUUUCCUAUAUGCUGGGUGGGAUGAUAGAUAUCAGUAUCAGUUGUAUACCUCUAACCCUUCAGGAAAUUUCAGCGGUUGGAAAGCAACUAGUAUCGGUGCCAACAACGCAGCUGCACAAACUUUAUUGAAGAAGGAUUAUAAAGACGAUUUGACUUUGAAAGAGGCAUGUGAGUUGGCUAUUAAGGUAUUGUCAAAAACCAUGGAUGCAUCGAACCUCAAUAGCGAAAAGCUAGAAUUUGCUACAUUGAGUUUGGGCAAAGAAGGGAAAGUCUUGCGCAAAAUCUGGAGUGACAAAGAUAUCGACGCCUUGAUUCAAGCAAGUGGUGUUUUGAAUGAUAAACCAAAUGACGAUGAUGAUUAA